AUGUGGAAGCAAAUCCUCACCAUCGCGGCAUUGACCGCGUCUGUCCAGUCCUCAUCCCUAGCCAAAUUCGCCCUGGAGAAGGUCCUCAACGACGCCUCACCCAUCUUCGGUGACUACGCCAAAGUAACAAAUCACACCGCGGAAUGGAUGAAGUCCUACGCAGACGACACUCUGCUCGUCCACAUGAACAUUCCCGGAACCCACGACAGCGCAACGUGGAACUAUACCCAGGCCACGCAGGACUCGCUUUUGGGUAUCACGGAUCUGAACCAGGUCACUGUCCCGACACCGCUGUCAUUCCGAUGCCAGGAACUCUCGUUGGUCGAUAUGCUGAAUAUGGGGAUUCGGGCCUUUGAUCUGCGAUAUGCGUUCGAUCCCACAAACACUACGAUCAUAUUCUACCAUUCGCAAGCCCUCCUGUCGGAAACGGCUACACUCAACGAUAUCCUUUUUGGAUUCUACCAGUGGCUCGAUGACCAUCCUUCCGAAACCCUGUUCCUGUCUCUCCAGGACGAAGGCUCAACGGCUCUCUACGCAUCCAACGAUGCCGCAGUCCAGCUCGCUCUCUACUCAGCGCUAACCACACCCGCUGCUCGUGCCUACUUUGUGCAGACCAAAGACGAGCUCGGAACACUGGGCCAAGCACGCGGUAAAAUCACACUCUUGCGCCGCUUCGACCUGGAUCAACUGCCCGCUUCGUACACCGACAAUCUUCCCGGAUUACACUUCAGCCCAAGUCUAUGGACUGAUAACAGCCCCGAUAUAGCACUGGUAUACAACACUGCAAAGAAUCUAACCGCUUAUAUUGAGGAUUACUACGAGCCCCUGACACCAUACGGCUCAACUGCUGCUGAGAAUAUUCAAUGGAAAUACAACGCUACCGUCGCAAAUAUUGAAAGAGCUGUGUCCGCCGCUCACAGAGACAGUCUGUUUUGGACCUGGGCUUCGAGUGAGAAUACGGAUACGGUGCCGUAUGUGUGGCCGGUGACUCAGGCGCUUGGUAAUGGGACGAAUUAUACGCCCAAGGGGGGAGUGAAUGAUUUGCUUGUACCGUUUUUAGAGCAACAAAAAGGGAAAAGGGUGGGCAUUGUGAUGUUUGACUUUUUUGAUCAGCCGGGAAAUUUGAUUGAGACAUUUUUGAGUUUGUAA